UAAUUUGUUGUUUCUCAACCUACUAUGCAGUGCGAUCAGGAGAAGCAGGGCAUUGUGACAUCACCAGAGAAAAUGGAUGAGUAUGUGCGCGAGAACGGUUUCGCCGGUUGGUAUGAGACAUCAGCCAAGGAAAAUAUCAACAUAGAUGAAGCAGCAAGGGCUUUGGUGAAUAAGAUUUUACUCAACGACAAGCUGAUCAGCGCCGCCGAUCUGGCAGACAGCGAGAAAUUUAAUUUGAACAGUUCCAUGGAACAGACGACAUCAGAAAGCAAAAGCAAAUGUUCGUGCUGACCAGUUUUUACUGAGAAAAUUCAUUGAAAGCGUUGUUUCGACAAUAAAUUUCUCCAUAAAGCUGGGAUUUUUGAAAAUUUAAAGGAAUCGAGCGUUUUUUUUUUUUUUUUUUGAUACGGCAAACUGGAAAUUCUCGCUCGACACUAUGCAUUUUCCAAGCGUUUCAUGGAUCCUGCGCCAACAAAACAGGCAUGCAUUUUCCAAGGUCAUUGCUGUUAGCCGAGGACGCAUCGAAAUUUUUAAAAUAUGUUACUAAUUAAAAACAAAAAAAAAAGUUUAGAUAUUAAUAUUAAUUCGUUGCAUAAUCAUCACUCAGUUAGAGAUGUAAUUUAAAUGAACACACUACAUAUUUUAAAAUUCAAUACACUUACAUACAUACAUACAUACCUACAUACAUAAAUUUUACCUUUACAUAGUGCUUAAGUACGAAUAAGUGAAUAAAAAAUGUCGUUGUUAGAUCCUUAGAAAAAAAAAAAAAAAAAAAAAAAAAACAAAGGGAAGAAAAUUAUUAUAGUAACUAAAUAUAUGUAAUCACUUGUGUCAUGGCAAGCAAACAUUUAAUAUUAAACUCUUUGUAGCCGAUUUACAGAUUUUAUACGCCCGCAUAUGCAUUAUAAAAUGUUCGAACGCGUAUGUAUGUAUUUAUGUAGACGUACACGUAUACUAUUUCAGUGCCUUAUCGCACGUAAAUAUGUACUAUGUAUUUUUAAAUGCUUGUUAUGUUAAUCUUUUUUAUCAAAUAAAAUGAGAAAUGCGAUUUUUAUUGUAGAGUAUGUACAUAGCUGCAAGGUGUGUAUAAUUAA